AUCGAAAGGCAGUUCUGGAUCCAACAGAGUACAACACUAUCUAAAGCACCAUGCAGUCCUCCACUUUCCUGAUGACCCUCUUGGUGGUUGCCAUGCUCAUGUUGUUCAGCGCCCCGGCAACUGAAGCUACUUUCCUCAUCAUCGCCUGUUUGCUGCGGUCUCCACUUUGCCCAUUCAUCACCACGACCACGGCUACAUGAUGAUAAGGACGCCGUUAAACCACUGAUAACACCUUGGACACUUUUAGAAAAUAAAAUAAUUUUUUGUUGCAUUA